UAAUGGACAAAAGCUGUGAUGAUUGUGCAGGAUUUAUCAUUGAAUUUGUGAUAUUUUGAGAUGAAUUGCAAUGGGGGAACUGCGGCGUACCAUCAGGAAUGCAAAGCUAGAGGACCCGGGGAGAACAAAUCCAUCAUCACUUAUGCCGGAAACGAGGCGUUAUUCUCAACGAUAAAGAAUAAUCUCCUCCAGGCGAUACCCUUGGAGAGCGUGGAGUGGCGCAGAUCCUUUGGACGUCCCAUUAAACAAAUUAAACUCAAUGCAUCAUUCGAGCAAUUUUCACGUGAUGGGCUGCCCAACGAUAAAGACUGGCAUUUGAUAAAACAUCCGAUACUCCAUAUCUACUGGAGUGAAUGCUCAGAUUUAGACGUCUAUAAAUUAAACGUGAAGGAUGAUAUCGAUAGCUGGCUGAAAACCCUCGGACAAUAUGGCAUUCAGGACUGGAUGAUUGUCAUCGUGGAGACUUAUGAUAUAAAAAAAACUAAUAAAUUAAUACCUAGGACGACAGUGCUGGAUAAAAUACGCAGUGAUUUUGCUGCAAAACAUGGGGAUAGAUGUCUUUCCGUAAUAAACCCGAUCAAAUCCGAGUCCCGUUCAGCGGAAUCCUGGCGAGGUCUGAUAACGCGGAUCCGCCACCUGACGCUGACGGCAUACGAUAAGACCCUCUCCAAAUUCGAGGAGACAAUCCGCGAGCAACGAGAGCGUCGCAACGACCUGUCCUGGAACUUCUGUCGUUACUUCCUCCUCCAGGAGGAGCUCGCCUUCGUUCUGGAGAUGCUGGGUGUGUACGACGAGGCUCUGGUGCAGUACGACGAGCUGGACGCCCUCUUCACCCAGUUCGUCCUCAAUUCUGACGUGGGUGAAACUCCAGCCUGGCUGGGUACAUUCCAGAGUCCCCUGAAUACCUGGCCAGGAGUGAAAAUCGACACUUCAGUGGACCACCUACGCACACUGAUCGCCGAGUGCAGCUGUUCUCUCCUCGAUCUGCGUAGUUACCUUUUCUCGAGGCAGUGCGCCAUGCUGCUGCUACUGAAGAAACCCUGGGAGGCAGCUCAGCGAUGUCUGUCGUUUGUCUACAAUACUCUCAGUGAAUUGAAAAUCCUCGAGGUACAGAGACCUAAGGGAUCAGUCGAAUGUUGGGCAUUUCUCAGCGCCCUCGAGGUCCUCCAAAUCUGUCAAUCGAGGAUAUCAAGCAGCGACAAUGGACAGCAGCUGGACCUGUGUUCGCUGCACACAGCUGGACUAUGGGCCCUAGCCAGUGACAAGCUGGGGGAGCUGGGGAGACUUUGUGGAUUGAUGCCAGGAAGUGAACCGACAAGCCAGCAGCUCCACACUGUCGUAUACCUCAUAGCAGGCAUGGGUGAUUCGAACGAUCAGACAAAGGGAAGAUUGUCGCCGAUAGAUAGGCUCAAGGGAGCGCUAUCUUCCAAGGAAGUAUUCAAACGUCAGUAUCUUGAGCACACGGAGCUGGCCAUGGGGACAUACAAGCACGUGGGUAGGAUACGCUCGGCGAGAUUUAUUGGAAGAGAACUGGCAAAGUUCUACGGUGACCUUGGGGAGAAUCAGAAGGCCGUGGCAUUCCUCCUGGACGCCCUCAACACAUACGUCGACGAGAACUGGGAAGAAUUGGCUGCCCAGACACGACUAGAGCUCGCCCAAUGCUACAAGCAGAUGGAUGACAUCGAAAGAUACAUCAAAAUUUGCAGCGCCAUCGCCAGUUCAGAAGUACUUCACGUGACGGUUAGAAGCACUUACUUCGAGGAGAUGAUGGGAUACAUGAAGAUGCUAUCUUCCCCUCUGCUGACUGAGCUUGAGGAUACCUUCACGCUUAUCGGGCUAAGUGUCAAUGUCUCUGAUAAAGUCGUUAAGGAUUGCAUCGUCAGCAUCGAUGUAACAAUCGAUCUGCGAUUGCCGCGGGAUGUUGAGUGCUCCAGGGCUGCUGUGUCUACGGAAGAGGUCAAGCGACCCAGUGCUGCUCACAAGAAGAAGGGGAAGAUUCCUGAGACAAAGCCUGUGCUCAUCACCAAGUGGUCAAUAGACGAACUCAAACCGAGCAAUCUUCUCCUACUGCCCUUGGCUGUUCACUCAUACCUCAAUCACAAGGAAGAUAAGACCCUGGGAACUGUCGGGGUUGACGGAGGGAUUGAUGGGAGCUUUGGGCCUGUUGUCGCUAGACAUGACAGCUCCAAGCACAGAAAACCCUCGGUGGAUACCAAAGGGGACUUCACUAAGGCACUCACUUGUGAAAGGCUUACACUGAAACCUGGGAGAAAUACAUUUACUGUCACCAAGAGGGACGAUCAGCCUGGCUUUUACAAAGUCAAUCAACUGUCCCUCGUUGUCGAGGAGAGGCUGGAGUACAGGUCGGGCAUCAUCUGUCCCAGGUUGUGCUAUGAAGUAGCCAAGACUCAGCCGAGUUUAUCAGUUAACAGCAGGGACUUAGUGGCCGGUCUACCUCAGGAUGCUGAGUUAAUCGUGUCCAGUGGGAGUGUGCGGAUCGAAGAGGGUGCCAAGUUCAAGCUCUGGACGUCUAGGGGACUCGUGAUCAAGAUGGCCGAGGGUGGCAGUUUGGGGGGAGAGCUCGAGGUGAGUUCUCCUGAAUGCGAGCCCUUCGGCGUUGUCAGGCUGGGGCUCAACGUUUUGGCUGAUCUGCCACCGAAGAAGGAUUCCAUGUCAAUGGAACAUAAGCUGUAUAUUCAGGCGCCCUGGGGCGCUGAGGUCGCCAUUUCACUACACUUUGGGCCGCCUCUCAUGUCUUCUAUGCAUCUUCACACUGCCAAGGAGAGAAAGUUUGUCCAGAUUUUAGUUACUGGACUCACUGCACAACUUCUCCAGCUUAGGGAGCCUGAACUGACGACUAGUAGCUCCGUGGAUGUGGCCUUCAAAAGUUUAAAUCCAAUUGCAGGACAGAAACUCGUCAUUGGGAAUGGAGUGAGGGUGUCCUUCAUGUGGGAAAUGGAGCUGGGAAGGGACGAGAGGCGAAGCUCUGGAUCUAUCAAGGUCGAUUUCAGGGUCAAAUACUGUUCAGUGGAGGACGCGGAGCGGGAGGAUGAUGGCGAUGAUGAUCCCUUACAUUGCGCGAAGCUCGCGAGAACCGAGGAGGUUUACUCCUACAGAUGCAACUUUGAUGUCGUUGACUAUGUGACCAUGUUCAUGGUGUCAUCGAGAGUCGAAGCAAGUGGAGCUGGAGGUGAAUUUUGUCGUGCGGGUAGCAUGUGUCAUCUAUGUCUAACAGUGAUUCGUGUGUCACCAACAACUAAUAGCACCCCUCCACCCCAACUCAUGUACGAAGUACUGGCUGAUCAGUCAAUGUGGGCUGUCUGUGGUCGUACUGCAGGAAUUGUUACCCUUGAGACCCAAGACAGACAGAGUGUUACACUCGAUGUUAUGCCAUUGACUAGUGGAUAUCUACCACUUCCUGUUGUACGAUUGUCACGUUACAUUCCAGCUAUUGAGACUAAGAAUGAUAUCUCGAGGAAAUCAGAAGUCUCCACAGGCCCCAGACUGGAGCCAUUUAGCCCAGGCCAAGUUUACAAUGCCAGCAAAGCACAGCAGGUGCACGUAUUGCCAGCAGCUCCAUCCGAAUCCAAUUGAUUAGAAUCAUCACCAAGUAUCAGCAAUUUCCAUUAGUUAUCGUGUUGUUUAUAUUGUUUUCGCGUUUCCUGCAGUGACAAAUCGUCGUGCCAUCACAAAUCUCACGAAUCAAUUGGGGAGAGGAGAACCAUGACGUCUGUCGACGAGUGAAAAAAAAUCCCGAAAGUGAAGUUUCCAUCGAAAUCAUAACCCAUCCAAAUCGUUAUUUACCUUAAUGAACAUCCAUUUAGUCGGCGCUCAACGAAUCAAAAACUAUAUUCUUCUCCUCAUGACAGGGCUUCCACGAGCCUGAACCCAUGUAAAUACCAAAAAAAAAAUACUCGAUAGGUUUACGAUUGUGUAUGAAUUGUAUAGACCAUAAUCACCAUGUUUCUAUUCGAAACACCAAUGUUUGUACUCAGAUUAAUCCAGUGGAGGGGCAAUUUCAGGGUGUAAGGAGCCAUUUUGGUUUAUCUGUAAAUUAAUCGAGUUGGUGAUAAGUGUAUCCUCGACAUUUGAACAAAAUGGCUUGUACAUAUUUAUACAUAGAGUGAGAUUCAACCGGAAGUGAAUACUAGUGGACUACUGAUAUUGAUCGGCCAUUUAAUAAAAGUGGUAGUAGGUGCAUUGUUACAUUAUUUUUUAUUCAACUCCAGUUAUUAGUUAUUUUAAAAAACAAGACUAAUUUUUGAAAAAAAGUGAGUAACUAUUCGCGAUGAAAUUGAUGUCAGGAGACAUGUGAAUUAUUAACUAAAAUUUAUGGAACACAAUACCAUGAAAAUUAAAUAAUUUCAAUACAAACAUUCUUCCUUCGGAAAAUAUUCAAAAAUAAUUCUCUAAAUUUGUAAUAAUCAGUUAUAUCAUCUCAUAGAUCAUUUUGAGCAAAAAGGUGAAAUUCUAUUAAUAAAAUUUGAUAUGACAUAACUUGCAAGAAAAAUUCUCUGGUUGCAAACAAUAAAGAUUUAUCGUUCUGUUAGUCUUUAAUAAAAAAGAGUGCAGUCCUAGUUUUUCGACAUGAAUUGUUUAUUUAUAAAAGAUUGAGAUCUAUUUGAUGAAGACUUGUUAAUAAAUUGGCAUUGGCUGUUGGGUAAGGA